GGGGCCUCCCGGGGACUCCGCAGCGGCUCCCGGCGAUGGAGCGGGGUGCGCGCCGCGCGCUGGGGCUGUGGCUGCUGCUGCUGCCGCUGCUGCUCCUGCCUCCCGGGCAGGGCCGCCAGGAGGCAGGUUCCAAAUGGAAAGUGUUUAUUGACCAAAUUAACAGGGCUUUGAAGAAUUACCAACCGUGUUCAAGUCAAAACUGCAGCUGCUACCAUGGUGUCAUAGAAGAGGAUCUGACUCCUUUCCGAGGAGGUAUUUCAAGGGAGAAGAUGGCGGAGGUAGUCAGGCGGAAGCUGGGAACUCACUAUCAGAUCAUUAAGAACAGAUUAUACCGAGAAAAUGACUGCAUGUUUCCCUCAAGAUGCAGCGGUGUGGAACACUUUAUUUUGGAAAUUAUCGGGCACCUUCCUGACAUGGAGAUGGUGAUCAAUGUUCGAGAUUAUCCUCAGGUUCCUAAAUGGAUGGAGCCUGCCAUUCCAGUCUUCUCCUUCAGCAAGACAUCAGAGUACCAUGAUAUCAUGUAUCCUGCUUGGACCUUUUGGGAAGGGGGGCCUGCUGUUUGGCCAAUUUAUCCUAUGGGCCUUGGACGGUGGGACCUCUUCAGAGAUGAUCUGAUAAGGUCAGCAGCACAGUGGCCAUGGAAAAAGAAAAACUCCACAGCGUAUUUCCGAGGAUCAAGGACAAGUCCAGAACGAGAUCCUCUCAUUCUUCUAUCUCGGAAAAAUCCAGAACUUGUUGAUGCGGAGUACACCAAAAACCAGGCCUGGAAGUCUAUGAAAGAUACCUUGGGAAAGCCAGCUGCUAAGGAUGUCCAUCUUGUGGAUCACUGCAAAUACAAGUAUCUGUUUAAUUUUCGAGGUGUAGCUGCAAGUUUCCGGUUCAAACACCUCUUCCUGUGUGGUUCACUUGUUUUCCACGUUGGUGAUGAGUGGCUGGAAUUCUUCUAUCCACAGCUGAAGCCAUGGGUUCACUAUAUCCCAGUCAAAACAGAUCUCUCCAAUGUCCAGGAACUGUUGCAUUUUGUAAAAGCAAAUGAUGACAUAGCUCAAGAAAUUGCUGAAAGAGGAAGCCAUUUCAUUAUGAACCACUUGAGGAUGGAUGACAUCACCUGUUACUGGGAGAACCUGCUGACUGAAUACUCUAAAUUCCUGUCCUAUAAUGUAACAAGAAGGAAAGGUUAUGAUCAGAUUAACCCCAAAAUUUUGAAAACUGAACUCUAAUAGCCAUCAUCGGGAUCAAAGUCCUCUCUGUGGCAGCAGAUCUGAGAUACCCUGUGAUGGGAAACUUACCGUGAAUGUAGCAACUAUACCUUGACUACUGUUACCAAGACAAAUAUCUAGUCUUCCUUGUCAUGCUGCACCCAGAGCAAGUCUCGAGAAAGAUCCAACACGUAUAUAAUACAGAUGUGAAGCAGCUCAACGCUUUGGCUGAACAAGGACCAGAAAUCAUGAUAUGUGGGUUUUGUACCCGAUUCUACCUUUCAUUUUCUUAGGACCAAUCACAGCUUGUGCCUCAGGUCAUCCACAUAUAUACGUACAUCACUGUGAACCAGACUGUGUCCAUGGGAUGAUGUUCUUUGUGCCACUGUUUGGAGCAGAAACUCAAUCAUUUGGAACUAGUACAACUCAUCGCCACAUUUCUGCAAUUAUUCUAGGUUUGAUCUUUGAUGCUAAAUUUUAAUGUAGGAAGCCCUAUAGGGUCUAUGAAAAGUACUUGGGGAUUAUUUUUUGCAAGGUCUAAGUAAGCAGUAGUUGUGCCAUGUAGUGACAUAGGAGACCCCUUCUGUAAAAGCAUAAACUCUUUAGUACUCAGGAGGUUCCUAUAAUGCCGUAUAGAAAGGGAACAGUUGCAUGAUAAUUGCAAUUGGAUCUCAAGUUCCUUUUGUGCCUUCAUACCCUUCUUUUUAUGGUCUCUAAAAAAUACAUAAACCUUUUAAUCAGGUUAGGAAGGAGUCCUCACUCUUUGAGGGAACUGUGCAUAGGACAGCAACUGUUCACUCCUUGCGCAUCCCUAAUAUUAUCCCCCUUCAGUUGGCAGCAGUCCACACUCUCACUGCCCUGCAGGAUCUGCUUUUCCCCUUUUUUUACUAUUAAAUAUUAGUCUAAUCUCUCGGGAUGCUCCUGCUAACAGUCAAAAAUGAAGAACAAUAAUUAGAUUAAAACUCAGAUAGUCUGAUGACUUAGAACCAUCCUUAUCCCUUAAGCCCAACCUUUCUACAGAGAAAUCAGUUCUUUUCCUUUGACUCCUAAGAACAGAUUGGUAUUAACUGAUUUCGAAAUGAGUAAACGUGAGAUUCAGUCAUAUAAAAUCAGGAUUUUAUUCUGUUUGUGAGAAACGGCCUUUUAAACUCCCUUCCACAAAAAUGUAAACAUAAAGACCUUCUUAGGAGUUAAAUAUCACUGCUAAGACCAUUGUGUGGAAUAGGCUAGACAUUUAAAAUUGAACUUUUUUUUAGCAAUUAAUGGGGAUUGUGUCCUUAGGUGCUAUAUGUGUAGUGAUAGGAGCUCCAGAUUUAUGAGUUAUAUAUAUUAUGGUUUUGCCUUGUCAGUAUGAGGUUCUAAUAGAUGUCAUUCUUU